UUCUUUUUGUUGUAUCCGUUUCCUUUUUAGUCGUUUCAUAAUGUUGUAUCCACUUAGAAUCUUUCCAUUUUUGGACAUACUUUUUUUCCUAAAAUACCCUUAUAUUUCAAUCUAAUAACCAAAAAACCUAAAGAAUCUACCCAUAUUCCCACCUAAUUUUCCCCACCCAUAAUAUUUUAUUCAUUUAACCCACCCACCUCCCUUAUUAAAUUAAUAAAACCCUAACGUCACUCUCACCUCUCUCUCCUUAUAACCCGUCCCUCUCACCCUCUCUCUCCUCAUUCUCUUCGGAUCCCUCUCUCCUCCUGUCUCCCUCUCUCUCCUCAAGAAAUCUCUCUGUUUCUCUAAAAACCCUAACCUUCUCCGCCCCUGUUCUUCGUUUUUUUUGGUGAGAUCUCUCAGAUCUUUGGGGUUUUCGCUCAAAAUUGUUCUCAAACUUUAACCGGAACGACAUUCCGGUGAGAUCCCCUCUAGUUUUGUCCCCUUUGUCGUCCCAAAUCCCGGUUGGUAAUCGAUUCUCUGGUGAAAUUUUUUUGGGGAUAAAAUCGGAGUUUUAUUAGGGUUUUAUUAAUUUCUUAAUGGGAUCCUCUUCCUCCAAAUAUCUUCCGACUUAUUCGGUUGGUACUUCUGGGCAACGAAUUCCUGACUCAAACUGUGAUUGGGGCUCGAAAUGCAUUUGUCCCAACAACGAGCACUCGUAUUCUGGCGAGUAUCUGAAUAAUUUGAGGUUGGCCCAGAAGGAGAACACGAGUACCCGAAAUUAUCUCAAAGCUUGGUUUGAGAAAAUGGAAGUGGAGCCUGGUGAAGAGGUGGAGUCCAAAUACGACGAUCGAGUCCCCACACCAGCAGAUCUGAGAUUCUUUGGAGGAGACGAAUCUGAUGAGGAACCCAAUCACUCUGAUUCAUUCGACCUAUACUAUGUGGGUGAGUGUGAGAACACAACUGCUGGUCCAGAGGUUUCUGAUGGGCAAUGUUCGGUUUCGUCCCCAAACGUGAAGGAAGAUGAAAUAAAAAAAAAGCCACCUAAGGGUGUUGAUGAUGCUUAGAGAUAACAUUUUGGGUUGCUUCAUCAUCAUCAUAAUCUGAAUCAGAGUUCGUCCCGUCUCCUUCAUCAUCGGAAAAACCGAGGAACUCGUCCUCCUCUUGAUCUGAAGCCAUUAAUGUCCCCUUGCUGAUUAAUUGUAGUGCAUUUAUUGCCUUUGGUUUUUUGUUCUUGUAACUGAUAUUAAAACAGUUGGAAUUUAUGAGGGUUUUUGGGUAGAAAUUGUCCCCUAUUUAUAAAGGGUGGUAAAUGUAUAAAGUUUGGAGGGAAAAAGUUUGGAGGGAAAACUUUUUGGUAAAUUUCUGUUUUUGGAGGGAAGUGUAAAAAGGGAAGUGGACUUUCCCAAUUUGGGAAGUUUUCCCUCCGUUUUUUUCUGUUGCUGUAAUCUCAUUGGAUGAAAUAAAUCCACCUCAUGUACUUUGGUCCCCACUUCAAUCAGAUUUUUUCUGAUUUUUGAUUAAUUAAAUGAAAAUAUCCCC